CGUCAACUAGCUUAUGUAAUCGAGGAUAUAGACUUGACUCUUGCAGCCUCGCUUUUUACUGCCUCUCUAUUUCUCUUUCUUUUUUUCUUUCUCUCUCUUUUUUUUCCCCUUUUCUUCUUUUCUUUUCUUUCUUUCCCUUUUUUUUUGUUUUUUAAGCUAAUGCUAAACAAACCACCUAAGCUACAGCUGCAUCCCCUGUCGGAUCUUCGAUCACGGCCACCAGAUCAGUCCUGUUCCGCUGAUUGGUUAGUUUCGCCGCUCAGGUACGGAGUACAUGUACCGACGGCGUUCAAUAUAGUACAGUCCGUCGGCCCCUAA